AUGCACUCACCGUAUUCUCCUACUAAAGAGGAGGAGCAAGUAUCAAGGAGGAACAAAAAGAGGGCACAUGAAGUUUUGUUGACUCCACCCGAUUUCGCCACCACCACAACCACAACCACUAAUUCUCGUCAAUUUUCUAAUACACCAGAGUUUUUAUCGUCCCCAUCGUCUCCUUUGUCUUUGGCAUCACCGAACCAACACAAAUACUACAAUGCUAACUUGAGUAAGGCCCAAUUCAACUCAAUCUUGGUCACCUGCGCUGCCAAUUUACUCAAAAUCUUGUACACAAAAGAUACUACCACCACCACUACAAAAGUCAAACAAGUUGAAACAAAAGCAUUUAUAAUUGAAGUGUUACGAAGAUCAAGAACUUCCAUUCAAUCAUUGCAAUUAACUUGUUUCUAUAUUUACAAAUUGAUCUGUUCACUGUGCGUUAUUAAAUUGAGCGCCCACAAACUAUUCCUCGGACUAAUCAUAAUUGCAUCAAAAUUUAAUCAAGAUUACAACUACUCGUUAAAAUCAUGGUGUAAAAUCUGUGGUGUUGAUGGUGAAGAGAGGAAAAAUGUUCAACAAUUACGUGAGAUUGAAAUCUCGUUAUUGAAAUCCUUAAACUAUGAACUUGUAUUGCAAAGCGAAAAGUAUGACAAUUGGUGUAAUAUUUUAUUGAUAUUUGGUUACGACUUUAUCAAAAGACAACUCAUUUGGGAUUCUACAAACAGCGAAAUCGUAUGGGACUUGGAGGUGAGUAGUAAUACAAGUAAGAUUACAAAAUGGUUCAAGUUUUUCAAAGAUUUAAAUAUUGAUAAUUUGAAUCUCCUCAAGAUUAGUUUUGAAAGUUAUUUCAAAAGCCAAAUGAACCAAAAGGUUUUUGUUGUUGAACAUCGUCUCCUGUUGGGCAAUAGGAAGAGAUGCAUGCAAAAUGAUGCUACUUUGAUAUUUGAACAACCAGAAGCUAAAAAAGUUAAGGUCUAA